GAAGCUAGGAACCCAUUUAGUUCCAUCCCGCCUAUCAGGUCACUACUCACGAAGGCCAUCGAUAUACGUUCACUGACCAUUGAAUAUUGAAAGGACGUUCUCUUGGUAUCUGGUGACAAUAAGCCCAUGUCUAAUUUUUCCAGGCUCAACAACUAUCGCACUGGUACCAAGAGCAUCUUCAGAGCAUUUAAGCAGCGCGAAAGUCCAACCACAACCCAGAAUUCAGAAUCAAAUCUCUACAGCAAUGCGUCUUCUCUGAGUCAUCUCUACUGCUCUCAUCGCCGCGCCCCUCGUCAUGGGCGUGGACUGGGCUGUCCAAGUGGGCGCCAACAACGGAUUCACGUUCACUCCGAACGAGAUCCACCCUGCCAUCGGGGACACUGUCAACUUCACCUACCUCACCAGGAACCAUUCGGCGACGACUACGACAUUCACCUCUCCUUGCCCUCCUCCUGUAGGAGGAGUAGGACCGAAUGCGUUCGAUAGCGGAUUCCAUGACGCCGUCAGUGCGCCGGGUAGCACGUUCACUACUACGAUCCUCGAUACUGAACCUCACUGGGUCUCGUGCAUGCAAGCCGCCGGAGGUCACUGCCGCUUGGACAUGACUCUCGCUAUUAACCCGACUGCCGACCAGACCGAGGCGCAGUUCAUGGCCAAUGCUCGGGCUUCUUGAAGGAAUAUGUGGCAAGGGAAGUAGUAUAUUAGGCUUGUAUUCGAAAGUGGAAUGAUGAUAUGGCUUACGUGUCCUCAAGUAAUCGCGGAGAACCAAGUGACUUGAGGGUAGAUACAGUAGGCGGUAGGCAUGGACGGUUAUUGGCAUAAUAAUUGUUCACACUGCAAUGGAAUGGACGACGGAGGAGCAUAAAAAGGCUUUUCAGGAGAAUUCGCCUGAUUAUUGACCCUGUCGGAAAUCAAACUCGGCUUUCACGCCAUGGAGUCCUGAUGACAGUAAACACCGCUGCGUCACCAGAGACUAGCGGCA